AUGCUACUGUCUCUGGUAUUCCCUGCUAUGGUGCUGGGAGCAAAGUUCGAUGGCUAUGGGCCCACAAAAUUCGAUGUGUCCUUGAGCCCAGACAUUCCCGAGGAAGAUCUUACAGGAUAUAUUACAAAUCACGACAAGGAGCGGAAGAACAAAGGGUUUGGAGACCUGAGCCUGGUUGACUUCAAUAUGGAAGCGGAAGAUAGCUACGACAGGAACAAGAUGAUUGAUGUGGCCAGGGAAGUCUUGAGCUCCUCCCAUGCAACCGUCAUGGCGAUUCAGUACAUUAGGAAGGGUGAGGCCGAAAGGCUGCUGGAUAUGAAGGCUCUUGGGCACUACGAAAUGCUAAACUUGUCAGAGGGGUCUUUCAAUGUCCAGGAGGCGCCGAUAACAUAUCUUCCAAUUAUCUUUGAUACAAAGGUUCUUGAUCACAAGAAAAGCGGAUACAUUCGGGAUCCAGAGAACAACAAGAUCAUCUAUGCAAGCUGGGCAAUCUUCGAGCACAAGGCAACCAAGAGAUGGUUCACUGUUAUAAAUGUCGACAUGUACAGCGCAUUCUCCGAGAAGACGGACAUUGAAGCGGCAAAUCUUUUGGAGGACAUAAAAAAGGAGCAUGCCGUAGAUAGCAACCCUGUGUUCUUUAUGGGGCAUAUCAAUGCAAUCUCAAACAACCUGCAAAAAGUGAUUGACGACAGGUACAUAAAUCCAUUGGAUGUAGAUAGGAACGCAAAGGAAGGGCCCAGGUUCACCAUGAGGAAUCUCCCGGACAUUCUUGGCAACUUCCAGAGAGAUCAUCUGCUGAUUAGAGAUCCAACAUCCCAGGUGGUGAAGGUCAACUAUGCAAGAAUAUUGAGAAAGAGCAUUUUUACUCUUCACUAUCCUGUCCAUGUAAUAGCAUCAUUUGGGGGGAGCCAGAACGCCACACCCCCUGCAGCUUGA